AUGUCAGCCAGAGCCGCUGCUCAGGCUCCUGCGCAGAAUGCUCAAGUCACUGCUGUGAAUGCGCCUAAAGAGAACAUCUUCAUGUUCGUGCCAAACUUGAUUGGCUACGCCCGUGUCUUUCUCGCAAUCGGCUCGCUAAACUACAUGCCCCUUCAUCCUCGAACAUGCGCCCUUCUAUACAGCAUAUCAUGUCUACUGGACGCUCUCGAUGGCUACGCCGCACGUGCUUUCAACCAGUCCACAAAGUUUGGUGCCGUGCUAGAUAUGGUGACUGAUCGUUGCACCACCACAUGUCUCCUCGUUUUCCUGUCAACCGCCAUGCCUCGCUGGAGCAUGGUCUUCCAACUCCUCAUCAGUCUCGACUUUACCAGCCACUACAUGCACAUGUAUGCCACUCUUGCCAUGGGUGGUAGCAGCAGCAGCCACAAGAACAUUGAUGCAAAGAGAAGCAAGAUCAUGCACUUGUACUACACCAACCGCACCGUUUUGUUCGUGUGCUGUGCCUUGAACGAGCUUUUCUUCAUUGCCCUCUAUCUGCUCGCUUUCUCUUCGCCGUACCUUACUCCUUCGCUCUUGCAACCUGCUGGUGAGGGGGCUUCUCUGCAGCCAGGUUCGCCAAUCCUGCCCCCUAAGCCUUCGACAAUCUUUUCCAGCCCAUGGUCCGCUGGCGCAAUGGAGAUGGCCAGAGCCAACAAGAUGGAUAGUACCGUCCCAUGGAUUCUAGUCAUCGUCUCCGCUCCCGUCAUGCUGUUCAAGCAGUGGGUCAACGUUGUCCAGAUCGUCAAGGCCAGUGAGUGGCUCGCUCAGGGUGAUCUCGCCGAUCGCGCAAAGGCCGGACUGCCCAAGAAGACACAAUAG